CCGCCGGCGUCUUGGCGCCACCGGAAGCCGGCGCCGCGUCAGUUGCCGGGAUCCCGCGGUCGCCUAGACGACGGUGGGCGCUAUAGAUAGAGGUGAAAAAUCUGCGAGUGCUGAGCGCUGCGGAUCUAGCAGUGAGCGGAAAACAUGAGGAGCAAGUGUUUGUGUCAGAUCUGUACCUGCGGGCGACAUCAUUGUCCACAUGGAACCACAAGGAUUUAUGAAAAUUUUGGCUUGUCUUGCCCCACAACUGAAUACUUGGAAAAGUAUCCCAUGUAUGGCAAUGUUCUUCCACCACAGAGUCUUAAACCUAAGCAAGAAUUUCGAGCAUGCCGUGGUAAAAUGGAAGGAAUAACUACAUUUAAAUCAGAUUAUCGUCCUUAUGAAAUAGUCAAACAGCCUCGCCACAUACCAGAAGAAUAUAAACCAAAACAAGGGAAGAUUGAUCUUGGUACUACCUACAAACGAGAUUUUAAUUCUUAUAAAGUGCAGCCUGUGGUAAUAGUCCGGCCUUUGGAAAGACAACAAGUUAAAAAAGGGAAGUUGGACACUGUCCCAACCUAUAAAGAUGAUUAUAGAUCUUGGGGCAUUCAGAAAAGUGAACUUUAUAAACCAGAACAAACUUAUCAUCCCCCAACUGUGAAAUUUGGAAAUUCAACUACCUUUCAGGAUGACUAUGUUCCUCAGGAGAUAAAACCAAGACAAAGCUUUAAGCCCUUCUCUGUAGUCAAGCGUUCUACAGCCCCUUUUAAUGGUGAUACAAGUCAUCGCAUUGAUUAUGUACCUCAUCAGCUAGAAAUCAAGUUUGAAAAGCCAAAAGAAGUUUACAAGCCAACUGACCAACCUUUUGAGGAUCUCACAACUCACCGGAAUGACUUUCAGGGUCUUGUUGGUGAAACUGCAAAAAUAUGCAGACCUGCCCACACCAGAGUGACCCAAAGUGCUCAAUUUGAAGGAAACACUGAAUUCCGGGAAAGUUUCCAACCAUGGGAAAUCCCACCACCAGAAGUCAAGAAAGUACCAGAGUAUGUGCCCCCUACAGGCAGCAUGCAGUUAAACAGCACAAGCCACCUUGACUAUGUUCCCUAUCAGGCCAACCGUGUUGUUCCCAUCAGGCCAGUUUCUCACAGAAGAAAAAACAAUUUUCCUUUCCAAGGAAAAAGCACCAUGAAGGAAGAUUUUCCAGUAUGGGAAAUUUGUCGUCAAGGGCUCAUUAAGCAGCAGCAGCAGAUUCCCAACCCUUCUGGAAAAUUUGAUGGUUUGAGCACUUUCAGAUCUCACUAUGUGCCACAUGAAUUGAUUCCAACAGAGAGUUGCAAACCUUUAAAUGUUGCUCUUAAGAGUUCUGUUCCAUUCGAUGAUAUCACUAUGUAUUCUAUAGAGUACACACCAAAGAAACAAGAAAUCUGCCCAGCUAGCUAUCCCUCUCCUCCAGGCUAUAUAUUUGAAAAUACAAAUUCCCAAGGCCAUAAAUUCUUCCGUAAGAUCACUCCUGCAGUGAAAGCCUCCUAAUCAUCAAAUUAUACUUAAAAGGAAGCUAACUACAAGGUAUUGAUUUUUCAAGGGAAAACAUGAUUUUUAUAGUGAAAAAACUAUAAGAUAAACAUGAUUUUUCAGAUUUUUAAACAAAAUUGGAAAAUGUAUUAUAGGAGAUCAGAAUCUUAAAAUCAAUUUUUUACUGAUAUUUUAAUCAAGAUUGUGUUUACUUUGCAUUUCUGAAUGUUGAAUAAUGUACAUUUCCCAUCUGAACUACUUUAAUAUUUAGCAUACUGUUUGAUAUUUUAUCCUUAAUCUAUUAUUUGCACUUCUGUUUAUAAUUAUGGCAAUUAUGUGGUUAUAAAGGUCAUAUACCAGUUACCACUUAUCAAGAACAUUGGGACCAUCAACAGCAACACUGAAAACAACAUAUGGAUUUCUCUUCCAAAACAGUACGAUUCAGUUUCCUCAGAUUUUAAGGCACCCAGGUAGUGUACACCAAGUCAAUUUUCGGGGUAGUGCUGGAGACCACUCCUCACUACACUGAAGUUAGUAAGAAACAUUGCAACAUGACAGCUUUUGGGGGCUGGAAAUCAGAGCACAUGAGCUCAAAUCCUACUGCCAUCAAUUUCUAUUUGUGCCACCUUAAGCAGGUGCCUCAUGUCUCUAAGCUUCUUUGUCUUCAUUUGUAGAAGAAUAUCUCUUCUGCCUACCACACUGUUUGUUUUGAGCAUCAGAUGAUAUGAUGCAUCUUAAUCCAUAAAGUAAAAGUACAAAUGUAACCAAGGAAUUGUUAAUAAAUCACUCAAUUGCUUUUGUAUAUUUUCACCUUUCCAAAUGAGGAUAAUUUCCUAUUCAAUCAUCAUUUCCUGGCAUGUAGUAAAGAUUGCAAAAUAACCUACUUCAUUUUGACCACCUCUGAGAAGAGUUUUGCCCUCUCUAGAGUCACAGGGAUUUGAACAGCUGUUACAGACAACGAGACCUUAGAUUGGGGUGAAUCACACAGUUGCUAGAAUGAUGUUAGGAAGAAUGAUAGCUCUGAAGAAAUCUUCAGGGUAAACUUAAGUAAUUAUGUACCUAAUUGCUAUGCCCAGACUUUAUGUUCAGAAAGAAGUAGAACCAAGCCCCAAAUGGGGUAUAAUCACCUCACUGACCAUUUCCAGUGUGAAGAAAAGGGAUAGGGAAGGAAGGAAAAAAUGAUGUCAGCAAGCAAAGUAGAAACAAAUAUUUACAAAUGUGGAAAAUUCUCUAAUGAAUUAAACUGACUGGGCGGGCUUUUGUUAAAUAAAUGAUUGCAUUAUGGAAGAAUAUGAUUUAUUUUAGCAUAAGGUCUUUUAUUGCUUCAGAAUUGUUUCCAAGUAUAUACUUUAUUGAUAAUAAACUCAUAAGUAUAUUGAUUAAA